AUGCAUAAUCGUCCUCAUCGUUAUGAUAUUGGCCAAAAGCUCCUGUGUUUCGAACCUGACAAUACCAAGGCCAAGUUGAUUUACUUUGCUAAGAUAAUAGAUCAAGUUCCGCAGGAAAAUACAAACACUGUUCAUUAUAUCGUUCAUUUCCAUGGUUGGAAAUGCAAGUGGGAUCGGGAAGUUCCGGAAGAUCUCCUACUUGAAAAUAACGAAUUCAACAGAACGCUGAAAAGGAAAAUUGAUGAAGUUGCUCAACAUGUACGUGGGAGAUACCGGCGUAAACAACGUAUUGACAUGAUUCUAGAAAGUGCAGCUCUAAGUGGCGAUGAUAUUAACUGGGAUACUGUUCCUGGUGUUUGGAAAGGAAAGAAAUCACGCAAAUCUUGUCAGCGUUCUGUCUCAAGUGAUAAUAAAAAGGAGAAGACACCUAUCAGUUCACCUUCAUUUGGAGAAAACAUGCCGGUUUGGGAUGAAUUCAUCGCAUCGACAUUAGAUCAAGAAGAAUUAACACAAUUACAGUUUGAACAGCUUCAGAUACACAAAGCUUAUAUGGUGUCUUUAGACCUCCCACAAAAUCUUCGAAAUAUACUGAAAUCACAUACGGAUGCUAGCGAUUUGGGGAAAGAUGUGUCUAAGACAUUCCGUUAUUGGUGUUCUGUUCUUCAACUUCUUCAGAAAUAUGUUGACGGGUUUCCCUAUAGUGGAUUGGAUAUAAUUUCUUUACUUGGCUCAUGCAGUUCCUCAAGUGAACUUGUUUCAGAUCGUGCUUCACGCAUUAUGAAUCCAUUAUACUCUCAAACGGAUCAGAAUCGAUUGAUUUGUGCUGAGGUUUGUUCCAGUCUGCGUAUAUUGUUUGAUUUUACUCUAAGAAAUUAUCUCCUGCUUCCCAGUGAAAAAUCACGUUCAGUAAAUAAUCAAUUGUAUGAAGGUGGUAGAGUAUUCGGUGAAAAUUUUCCUCAUGGACCAACUGAUAUUCAUUCUACUUUUCGAUUCUCUUCGCCCCAAUAUGAGCUACUUCCAAAUUGUGAAGCAUUAAAAAAUCCUAAAUUACCUUGUUUAAAUUAUCCUCCAUAUUUCCUUUUAAGAUUAUUUACUAUCCUUCCAACAUUACUGAAUGGUAUGGAGUUAACAUUGUGUCGGCGUGCUAUAGUUCAUCGGCACUUGUACAUGUUUAUUCACUACAUAGAUCGGACUACAAAGUUUUGGUUUGAUAAGAGUUGGUUGAAUGACGUCGAUAUGCGCCCAGUCUUAGUGAAAUCGGAACAACCGCCUAUUCAAAGUUCAACAUCUGAAUUUCCAAGUGAUACGGAACCAUUUACAACUAAUAAUAAGUCACUACGUCGAACAACACGAAAUACGCGUAAAUCUCAAUUAUCUGACUUAUCAAAUUCAACAAAAACUUUAUAUGAAAAUGAAUCACCUACAGUAACAUUGAAUACUCAAUCAAUUAGUGUAAAUUUUAAUGAUUUAAUAGAAGAUUCUAAUAUCAAUAUAUCCUUAGUAAGUUCUUCAGUGUCAACAGCAUUAAGAACAUUAUCAAAGAAGGUGAUGUGUGCAACAAUGACAACUACGAAAAAAAAGUAUAAUACAGUUAA